AUGCCCUUCGCCCAGGUAGUCAUCGGCCCCCCCGGCGCCGGCAAAUCGACCUACUGCAACGGCAUGCAACAGUUCCUGGGCGCGAUCGGGCGGAAAGCAUCCAUCAUCAACCUGGACCCGGCCAACGAUCCUAUUUCCGCGAACUACACACCGGCGCUCGAUAUUCGCGACCUGAUCUCGCUAGACGGGAUCAUGCGGGACGAGGAGAUCGGGUUGGGGCCCAAUGGCGGGGUUCUUUACGCGCUGGAGGAGUUGGAGGCGGAUAUGGAUACGAUGGACAAUAUGGACAACAGUGACAAGGACAAAGGUGACGGUACCAACGGCGGGGAGUCGUGGUUUGCGGAGGGCCUGAAGAAGUUGGGCGACGAUUACCUGUUGAUCGAUUGCCCUGGGCAGGUCGAGAUCUUUACGCACCACGCGAGUCUGAGGCGCGUGUUGAGUCGGUUGGAGGGGAUGGGAUAUCGUCUCGUCGUCGUCAACCUCAUUGAUUCAUACGCGCUCACGCUACCGAGUCUGUACAUCUCGACGCUACUGCUCUCCUUGCGGAUGAUGCUUCAAUUGGACCUGACGCACGUGAACGUGCUGACCAAGAUCGACAACCUGAACAAGUACCCUCCCUUGGCGUUCAACCUGGAUUUCUACACCGAGGUGCAGGACUUGGAGUUCCUGCUCCCGUACCUGCGGGACGAGUCGCCGCUGUUUCGGACGGGCAAGUUCACGGCCCUGAAUGAGGCGAUCGUCCGCCUGGUCGAAGAGUUUGGGCUCGUGGGCUUCGAGACGUUGGCGGUCGAGGACAAAAAGUCGAUGAUGCAACUGCUAAGAACGAUCGAUCGGGCUGGGGGGUAUGCGUUUGGGGGCGCCGAGGGGGCGAACGACUCGGUCUGGCAGGUUGCUGUUAGGGAGGGCAUGCCCGCGAUGGAUGUCCGGGAUGUGCAGGAGCACUGGAUCGAUCGACGGGACGAGUUUGAUGAGAUGGAACGCAAGGACUGGGAGGAGGAGCAGAAGAGGCGGGAGAAGGAGUGGGAGGAAGGCCGGAUGGUGGAGGGGGAUCAGGAAAUGGGAGAUGUGGACUUACCGCCUGUAAGGGAUGGUGGCGUGAAAGUUGUGAGGAGUGGCAAGAAGUUGUGA